AUGGCCGACUUCAGUAGCGGGAUCCCAGAUGAUAUCGCGAGGUUAUCGCUGGAUCAGCAAUAUGAGCCUCCACCUCCGCCUCCGCCUGGUACCAGCUCCGCGGGAAUCGUCGCUAUAGAUAUUACAGACAAAUUUUCAGAAGCUGUGAAGACUCUCGCACCCGGUCAGCUUGUUAAAGAUGACUUCUUUACUUUGUUUGAGUCCGUUGCGGCUCUUGAGAUCAUGGAUCCCAAGAUGGACAGUGGUUGUGUCGAAUCACCAGACGACCUCGAGGAGCUUUAUGAUGUUACGCAGCCAUUACUCCCAGAAGAGGUAUUGGGAAUCAUAGAUCAACUUCUAUGCCAUGAGAUGGCAUGGCAUCAAGGAUAUCCCCUUUCACAGACACUAUUCACCAGCGUCUACGCUGAGGCACUCUUGACUCCUACACCACGCACUGUGGAAGAUGCUCGCUUCAAUCGAAAUACACCAACUGGUUCUUCUGGCUCAUCUGAUAUGUUGGAAAUCUUGAGGGCCUACUGUCUUGGCCUGCUGAAAGCUUGUGGCUAUGUAAACGAACGAAUAAGAUCCGAGCAUUAUUAUGAGGAAGAAGAUUUUGUUACCAACACUUACAACCGCACCCUGCUUGCAGAGAUACAACCUCAAUUAAUCCAUCAGACUAUACAAGAAGCGAGGGAUCUACUCAGCAGGCAGAGCAACGAAAUAAGCUAUGAGAUUCGUGAGGCACUCGACCAGCGGUUGCAGCUGAGAUCGGUCUUUUUAGAAGCGACAGAAUGUCCUAAGCACGUCAAGGAGCCUAAUGUUGCACGCAAACCAUGGCUAGAUGGCCUUGAGAUUCUCCCACGCAUCAAGUCAUCCCAUGACUUGGGCCGGCCUGUUGACGACGCCUUCAGUGCUAAACUUCAACGGAAGCUUGCCAGCACUAUGCCUCCAAGACCCAUUGUGCAGUUGGAUUUCGACGAUGCCUUUGUACACUUGACAAGGCUGUUCGAAGACGGUGCUGAACUGAUUGAUGUGCUGAACUAUACCGACUCACAGUGUUUACUAACCUUCGUAUCGAACUUCCAAGCCAAGAAGCCUCAGCCGCUGGUCUUCGUACGAACACUGCUCCAGACAUUCCUCUUCAACGAGAUGGAGGUUUUGGGCUCGAUGAGCAUCCGCAUGAUACUAGACGAUGACUUUUCCAUCGUAUCUAUGCCUGCUAGUCUUCAACUUGACCGCAACAAUGAUGAGAUCGAAUUUCCCCAGGAUCCACGAUUCAUCGUUGCUCAACAAAUGGAACUAUUUCGACAAAGAGCAGCACAGCCAUUCCUGGACAUCUUCAGGACAUUCUGCCAGAAUCGGUGUCGCGUAAGGCGCACACUCUGUCAUCUCAUCAGGGACUGGGAAACUCUUCAGGUGGAUGCCGAAGAUCUCGACCAGAGUAUGCAAGUCACAUUAAACGAAAAGCCUAUGAAGCAAUCAGCAAGUGCAACCGUCGAGACCUGGUCCCUCCCACUGUCAUCCUGGACGUACCUAUACAAGAUUCGCCAGAUGGAAUGGAUCGUGCAGCUUGGGUUUGAGCUGGAGGUUUACCAGCCCGAUGAGCUUGCCGGAAUGUAUUGGUACCUUAACUACCUUGCCAAAUGGAGGGUGCAGCACACAGAAAGGAUCAAGUCUUUCAUUAUUCGGAAAGUUGAGGAGUCGCGCGGGUCCUCCCGGCCUCGGGACCCUACCGUUGAUCGCCAACUUGAGCGAUCUCUUGCAUUUGUUCGGCUAAUGCUUCUCGAUGCCGCUAUCACAUGGGAAUUGUCAGAUGCGCUAUCCUGUCUCUAUGCGUCUCUCAUGCGACUCAAACUGGUCAAGGUUCCUCCGAGACCGUACAGUAAUGAUGAGUUACGCUUUGAUCUACGCAUGAGGCCGUUCAUGGCGAUUGGUCUGCCGCCUCUUCCAAGCUUCCAAGAAUUCACAAUGGGAACCACGCAGCCAGAAUCAUCCACUAUGGAUGUUCUUCGAUACGCAGAGCGAGCCCUUAAGGGUGCAAAGCAGGGCCUCGAGGGUUUAAGCAAGUUGCCUGCCGAGCAAGCAUUUUCAGUUGGUUCUCAUGACAAGUGGCUCACUUCCAAGAAGAAUGCGCUCAAAGCGUGCAUUGCAACAGGACUCGCCAUCACAACAGUGCAGAAGGCAUCCCAGGGAGACGUGAACGAUCUAAAGAUCAAAGCGGAGGUGCCAACACCUGACAAAUGUUAUCAUGACUGGUGGAUUGUACCCCGUGUGGUUCCUGUCUAA